AUGGGGGCCAACGCGCGAGCCCCUUGCCCGGCAGUUUCGCGGCCGAACGAGGACCCGCCUGGGGCGCUGCGGACGCCGCCUCGCCUCGCCUCGCCUCCAGCUCCGCCUCCAGCUCCGCGAAGCUGCGUGGAAGCCCGAAGAGCAGCGGAGCGCUCCGUCCCCUCCUCCCGCGCUCCGUCCCCUGUCCGUCGAGGUCACCCGGCUGCGGGCGCCAUGGCGCUGCUGCUGCUGCUGCUGCUGCCGGUGGCCCUGGCGGCGCUCUGGUCCCUGGUCUACAUGGGCUUUGUGCGGCGCGUCACCGGGGCUUCGCGCACGGCUUUCGCCCGCCGGGAGCCCGGCCGGGGAGAGGCGGCGGGGAAGCCCCCCGCGGACGGGUGGAGUCCAAGACUCUCUGGCUUCCCGCUACAGCUUUGUGUGCACUUGGCCAACACUGCUUUUGGACAACUUUUUUUAGUGCCACUUCUGAUGCGGUUGAACAACUUUACUGUCCUGCGUUACCUUGAUAUUGUUGAAGAUCCCACAUUUGUGCCAGUGGUUGCUGAGGAAGGAAAAAGUGACAACUCAAAUUCCGGAAAUGUCUCAGAGAGUCUCCAAAAACUGAUGGAGACAAGUUCACAGUCUGCUAGUCCUACCUUUAGCUUCAAAGGGAUCCAGGAUUACUUGAAUUGCUACCAAUCGGGGGAGGUAACACCUCUUCAAGUGGCUAAGAACAUUAUUGCUGCACUGGAAGCUACUGAGAAAUCAAGUUCCCCCCUCCGAGCGAUUGUUCAGUGGAACCAGCAGGAGAUAAUCAAGAUGGCUGAGGACUCCACCACUCGUUAUAGAAGCAAGCAGCCCCUCUCUCUGUUGGAUGGAAUCCCAGUGUGCUUGAAGGAGGAAAUUAAAGUGGUGCCUUAUCACCACCGGAGUGGAACAGAAUACCUGGGUAUGAUGCCAGAGACUGAAGAUGCCACUGUGACCAGAAAAUUGCGUGAGGCCGGUGCCAUUAUUAUUGGUGCCUCAAACAUGCACGAGUUGGGUACUGGGACCACAGGCUGUAACCCCAACAGAUACCAUGGUACAGCUAGAAACCCCUACAACCCCCAGCAUUUCACUGGUGGUAGCUCCAGUGGGUCAGCAGCGGCUGUGGCUGCAGGCCUUUGCCCAUUGGCUCUUGGUACAGAUGGAGGUGGUUCUGUGAGGAUCCCUGCUUCCUUCUGUGGCAUUGUGGGACUGAAAGGUACAUUUGGACGAAUCAGUGGGUUUGGCUGUCUUCCUCUCUCGUAUUCCACUGUGAGCCUCGGACCUCUCUGUGUUUCAGUGGCAGAUGCAGCAGUUGCUUAUGCUAUCCUGGCUGGCCCGGAUCCCCUGUAUCCAUAUGGAUUAUGCCAGCCCAAACCAUCCCUCUCUGAAAUCCUCACCCCUGAUCUGAAGGGCUUGAAGUUGGGGAUUGACUGGAUGUUCUUUAAGGCCUGUGAUGCUGAAAUCCUAGCUGUCUGUCAAAAAGCUGUGGAGUCUCUGGCAGGCUUAGGUGCCUCUGUAGUCGAUGUGUCCAUGCCAGAGAUGGAGGAGGUGCGAGUGGCUCAUGUUGUCUGCAUCCUCAGUGAAAUGAGGGAUUUCCUGCAGCCUGACUACAACAAUCACUUUGAGCAAAUGAAUUUGGAGACUCGUUUCAAUCUUGCAAUAGCCUCUCAGUUCACAGCUCUGGAUUACAUUAAGGCCAAUCGUCAGCGGAGCCGUGCCAUAGCCUUCCUGCGAGAGAUGUUUGCCAAUGUGAACUGUCUCGUUACUCCAGGAACUGCUUGUUGUGCUCCAAGAAUCCAGGGCUCUGAUCUCCUGACUGGAUGUAGUGAUGUUCAGACAACUCUCCGGAGCAUGAGAUACAUGCAGAUGGCCAAUUUGACGGGCAUUCCAGCACUAGUGGUGCCAGUUGGAUACACUGCUUCAGGGCUUCCCAUCAGCAUUCAGAUCAUGGCAAAGUGGUGGGAUGAAUCCCUGCUGUUCCGGAUUGGCUUGAAGCUGGAGCAACUUCGUAGCACAACAGCAAAACCAGCCAUUUAUUAUGACAUUCUUGGAUAAUACAGCCUACUGUGGGACUCUAGGUUCAAUCCAAUAUGAACCAAACGGUUGUUCUUUCAAUUUGAAGUCUGGAUGGCUUGAGGCACAAAACAGCCUCUUUCUGCUCAUAGUGGAUCUUAUUCAUGCCCCCUCCCCCAAACUGGUCCCCAUAAAAAAGUGCUUUGGGAUUUUCAAAAUAUAUAUGGAGCAAUAACAUAAAUAAGGUAUGAUCAUUUAAGUUUUGGUUGAAGUUGUUGUACCGGUCAUACAUCUAGGCUACACAUACAGAGGUUGCUGACCACCAGGUAAUCAAAAAAUGACACCGUAGUGGGGACGGUGAGAGGGUUGUGUGACUGCACAGAUGACCACUCAAAGAACUACAGUUACAGGUAAGCAACCUGUCUUUCUUCUUCGUGGCCUCUGUGCAUCACACAUAUGGGCGAUUAACAAGCUGACUUACUGGAGGUGGGUGGUGUCAGGUGAUGGAUGAAAAUUCAAAGUAUUGCCGAUAAAACGGCAUGCCCAAAAGCACAGUCUCUACGUGCGCUGAUGUCCAGGCGAUAGUGACUGGCGAAGGUCAGAGGUGUUGACCAGGUAGCCACUUUGCAGAGGUCUGGUAAGGCAAUUCCUCUUUCAAAAGCCGUAAAAGUGGCCACUUCUCUCGUAGAGUGGGACUGUACUCUACCCUCCAAUGGGAGGCCAGCAAGUUCAUAGGCUAAUUUAAUAGUCUGAACGACCCAAGCAGAUAUUCUCUGCGGAGAUGCCUGAAGGCCCUUUUGUUUGCCCCCGUAACAAACAAAAAGUCUUUGAGACCUCCGAAUUAUGUUACUUUUGUGUAUCAUUGCAUUCUGUUCUCAAUGUUACAGACUAAAUAACAGGCCUCCCGCUUCUGUUAACAGGAUAUUGCAUUUGGGUUUCAGCUGUUGGAAUUAUUUUUCUUGUAAUUCACAUUGCUUAUGUGGCAGAGCCCAAAGAAUUUCUCGGAACUCAUAAUGCUCCAGAUGAGAUAUCGCAAAAGCACAGCUGAAAACUAUACCUGGGAAAACACCCAGGAUUGCCAAAUGUCAUUUUGCCUCUCUUGUUUUCAGAGGUGGAAAGUUUAACUUCUCACUUCGAAAGUUACUUUUUUAUUUAAGCUUAAUGAAAUUGAUAAGGUGCAUUGGCUUAAUUUUGAGAGCUGCUGGCAUAAGAUGUGAUGAUGAGAUGAAAGCAUGUUGUUUUGUUAUGAGAUAAAGAAAUCUUUGCAUCUUCUUACUAUAACUUCCUAAAUGGUUUGGAUGUAUUGAGGUCCUCUAUAUGAAGCUAUAACAAGCAACAAAUGUUACACUCGAAAUAACUUAUUUCAGAAUUAAUAUAACCAGGUACUGAAAGCACAAGGAAUUUCUCCAGAAUAAUGUUGCAGGUAUUGUGUUGCCUUUCAACCCAGUUCUGCUCCUACCAUGGAGUGUUCUCCUUUCGCAGUCAUCAGAAUACCCACGUGAACAGCACAGAGGCAGGGCUUGUGCAAUGGGUGAACCACAAAGCCGAAUGCAGGCCCCAAGGCGCACCACUAAUGUGCCUCCUUUGGACUGUAGAGUUGGUGCUUUAAAGCCCUUGGUAGCAAAACAUACACCGAUGGUGGCCAGUAGUUAUUUUGGUGCAAGUUACAAGGUAUAGAGAUUUGCCUUCAGCUAUAAUUAAUAGCAACAGCUUCGAAACCAGAUCAUGUUCCGCAAUCUGGAGGUGGGAUGCUCUGUACAUGGUGACUGAUGUAUAUAAGCCAAGAAUUGGGAGAAAGUGUUCACGUUUGGCUAAAUCUGUAAAUCUCAGCUUGAAUUUAUAAUAAAUAACCUCCCUCUGGCUCAGUGAAUGCUAUGAACACACCUGACAUUAUAGCAUAGCUGAAUCCAAGUGACUGUGGAUCUCAUUCAGAGCCUGGAUUGCAGUAAAAGCCUCCCUGUUUUGGGCACCUGAAUUCAAUGUGGUUCUAGAGCUGUGCAGUUUCCUAGUAUGGUUCAUCUACAACUUUCUGUUUAGACUUGCAAAAAAUGUCAAAAUAGGGAUGUGUUGCAACCUAUGCCUAAACUGCUGCCCUGUUACAGUUUAAAAGAAGCCAGUCACUAUUGCCAAAUGCCUUGAGGUUAUUGGGACAGGUUUGACCCACAGAUAUCGAGAUCUUGCAUUUCCUUGGAUGAAAUUCUCAAACCUCUCCACAGCAUCAAUUUUUGCUGCUGUUUUAGUCAAUUUGAUUCUAUUGCUAUAUUAUUUUUACUUCUGUAUAUCUAAUGACAGUUUUUAUGCUACUUAUAAUUUUGCCACAAUCUGCUGUAACUAAGAAACAGCCCAGGAUUUGGGUGGGAAAGAGCUAUAAACGGAAGCCAUUUGCAAUCAUUCCUGUUCUGACUAGGUUCUAUAGGACAAAAUGAAGAGGAUAUCAGCUGGAACACAGCUGCUAUAGGGUACUGCAGGCCCCAGGAAGAAAGACUAGGUUUAAAUUACCACUCACAUCUCGACUCCAUCCUUUAAUUUCUCACAUAGGGUAUCUAUUCAUGUGCGAAGUAAACGCAGGUGUUGAACUUGUAGAUUCUUAUAGUGAGGGUGAAACCCACCGUCUACCUCUGCCCACAGCAAUGCAAUGCACCCCAUCAGUUAUCCCCUGAAAUAUACACCUCACCGUUUGCAAACCAAACAACCUACUUAUGCACAACCAGCUCUGCUACUGUACUAAACAAGAGGUCAGGGUCCAAGUCUCAAAGCAUAGGCAAGAUUAUAAGUAGCGUAAAAGCUGUCAUCUACAAAAGUAAAAAUAAUAAAGCAAUAGAUUUAAAUUGAGUAAAACAGCAGCUCUAUUUUAAUAUUCUGUUCUGCUCCCUCCCCUCCCCCUCCUUAGUUUGUUAAAAUCCAGAUCAGUCUUUGAGGCUACAAUUGAGAAUUGGAAGAGCACUAGGGGGUCGGGGUGUGUGUGGUUCUUAGCCCUUUCCUUUCCUACCAUUAGUCUACUCAAAGUCAUGCCCCUUUGGUAGGGAUGUCAGAGAAAUCUGAAUCAGAUUAAAAUAACUUCAGAUUUCUAUGAAUUCAACCCACAGAGUCCGCUACAUAGCGACUUUUGAGUUGUACUGUCAGAAAGGGUUUUUUAUUUUUUUCUUGAACUGUUUGCAAAUUUAGUUGUACAAAAGUUACUGGAAAAUACGCUAAUACCCUCUUUUUGUGUGUGCUCUGCUCACGGAUUGUACCCUGAACAAAGAGAAAUACUCAAAAGUAUUUCAUACCAGCAAAAAAUACUUAAAUUUCAGCAGAUGUUAUUGCAUACUUUUUCAAAUGGGGAAAAAAAUCUCACUCCAUCAAUGAGCCAACAAUAGGGCAGAAGAUGCCUCUGACACUCCACAAAACACGUACAGAAUGGAUCCUGUGCAAACUAAACAGGACAUGUAGUGUAAGACUGCAGCAACUAA